AUGUCUAAUGACCGUUCUGCUCUUGAAACCGUACCAAAGUCUAUCUCUUAUGCGUGGAACUGUCUUAGCAUACCCAGACCAUCAUCACCAACUUGCCCGGCUGAUUAUGGAUCGUACUUGGCUCUUUCACCAGCCACUUCACAACGGAUGCAGCUCUCCAGCUCCUGUAAUUCAGCAUACGGCUCCCCAGAAUCAGUUUCUCUCAAGCCAUUGAGCAUUACAGACUGCAUGCUUGGCGCCGACGUGAUCCACCGCCUAGCCUGGUCGAUCGAUGUCAUUGAACGUCUCUGUGUAGGAUACUAUAACUAUCCGAUCACUUGUUGUGUUAUCAAAAGAUUGUUUCUUAAUACUUUGAGUGCCGUUCGCAGGGACAUCGAGGGCAAUUGGAGGGGCAGGAGUCGACAUGAAAUUGCCUUGCUGAUAUCCGAGAACACGCGAACACCGCUCCAUAUUUCUGCCUCGACUUCUGCUUUGGAGGCCCACGAGUUGUGGACUGGUUCCAAAUUACGAUGGGAGGCCAUAGGUCUGAUUUUUGCUCUAGCCGGGGUGACAGUUUAUCUCCUGACACAAAAGGCAGUCAUAGUGGCUCUUGAAAAGUGCAGGUUGCCCAAAAAUCCUUCGUUUAAGGAAUUCUCUGAGACAAUGGCAACCGCGGGAAACCAUUGCCAAACACUCUACCAGGAGUGCGGGACUCCUAAUGACUUAAGUCUUUUGUUCAGCUACAUGGACUCAUUACAUCUUGCCAAUCUCCAUGGCGAUGCAGACCCACUUCUUUGGCGACGUAUGGGUGAUGUCUCGACCGAGAUUUUCACUCUCGGCUUUUACAAUAUCUCUGACGACCUUACAUCUGUUCCAUUUUGGUUGAUUGAACAACGUAAACGUGUAAUAGCGGCAGCAUACAAGAGUGAUAAAACUCUGAGCUCAUUUCUUAACAGACCACCAAGAAUACCGCGACAUUUUUGCACUCCAACGCCGCCACUGGACCUCAGUGAUGACGAAAUCGUCCUCGAGGGACCAGCCCUGGGAGCGGCCGUGGCGAGCCUAGACGAGAACGGAUGGAGCACAGACGACCGAGUCAAAUCAACGUCGUGGGCGAGACUAAAGUUGAUCCUGAGUCAGUCUAGAGAGGAAUUGCUUGAGAUUUCUUUCCAACAGACUGGUGAAGAUCUAUCCGAUAGACUGAAAACCAUAGCCGAUGAUUUACGCUCUACAUGGGAGUCAUUGCCAAAGAAGCUUAAAGAGCACGAUAGCUCAUCUCCGAGAAGCGUCGUAUACUCCUAUUCCACGUCCAUCGACUAUCGCCACUGCGUAUUCGCCACCGAAAGACUGCAGUGCAGAACUGGAAACUCAUCUCCCUCCUUACUACGUAGUUCUCGUGAUUUGCUCAAUGAGGUCUUGGCUUUUGCAAAGCAUGGCUGUCUAGGAGACGACUUGGAGGUAGAAAUACUCCGGGACCUGCCAUGGUUUCUAUUAUACUUUGGCCUCCCAGCCGCCGGCGUCCUUUGUGCAGAACUACGAGCGCACACACAGGAGGGAACCCCACUACCCUCCUUCAUCUCCCGUACCGAGGUCAUUCGGAAUCUGUACGUUUUCGUUUCAACACUGGGCUGGUUCAACAGCCCGGAAUACCGCUACACAGACCUUUGCACCGCAGCCAGUGAAAAACUCGGUGACGAGAUAGAUGAAGUCAUUAAUGCUGCUCUAUGUCCUGUCUCAUCGCAGGCACACUCGGUAGCAUUUGGCGACAUAGAAGGAACGACCGCUCUUGGGAAUAAUGUGCUCAGGCAACAUGAAUCGCAACCUCUGGGCCCGGAUGUCUCUUUUCUGGCAUGGCUGGACAGCGUAGACUGGAACAAUACCAUGGCUAUGAUGCCUACAUAUUGA